AUGGCUUCAGUCGCUGCAUCCGCUGCCCUCUACUCGGCGACCACGUCGCCUGCCCAGAUCGCUGGCGCGGAACCCGAAGAUGCGCAAGAGCUGAAGCACCAUCUGAAGAAUGGAAAGGGCUUCCUCAACCCAUGGGACUCGUGGAAGGAGACCAUUGGCCCAAUGAUCAUCUUCGAGAUGAUAUGGCGCCGCCUUAGCGGCAAAAGCCACAGUCCCUACACCACACCCCCCACGGUUCCCGUCCGAACCCCCUCCUUCCUCCCGACCCGCGAGACGCCCGAGCUGCGCGCAACAUGGCUCGGCCACGCCUGCUACCUCGUCGAGUUCCCCAGCGGCCUGCGCGUCCUCUACGACCCCGUCUUCACGCCGCGCUGCUCGCCCUUCUCCUGGCUAGGCCCCAAGCGGUACACCGAGCCGCCAUGUCAAAUUGAAAACAUCCCAUUCGUCGACGCGGUGGUGAUAUCGCAUAACCACUACGACCACCUGUCACAUCCGUGCAUCAUGCAGAUCAAAGAGAAGUUCCCGGCCGCGCACUUCUUCGUACCACUAGGGAACAAGAAGUGGUUCCUGGACUGCGAAGUGCACAACGUGACGGAGCUAGACUGGUGGCAGUCGCGGGAGUUCACGCUAUCGUUGGUCAAAGAGCGCAAUGGAGACAGCACGGUGGCCGUGGGCGAUGUCGACGCGAAGAAGCCGUCGCCGCCGGGGACCAUGACGGCCACGAUUGGGUGCCUGCCGUGCCAGCACGUCUCGGCGCGGGGGCCCUUGGACAAGUGCCGCACGCUGUGGGCGUCGUGGAGCGUGGAGAGCGGGGGGAAGAAGGUGUAUUUCGCUGGCGACACGGGGUACCGCGCCGUCCCGCGCCUGCCCGAGGGCGCCGACGACUACGACGCCGCACUCAACCUCCCCGUGUGUCCCGCCUUCGCUGAAAUCGGCGCGCUCCGCGGCCCCUUCGAUCUCGGCCUCAUCCCCAUCGGCGCCUACGACCCCCGCCACAUCAUGUCGCCGAUGCACGCGAAUCCCGUCGACAGCGUGAAUAUCUUCAACGACACCAAGUGCCGGCGCGCGCUGGGCAUGCAUUGGGGCACGUGGGUGCUGACCGAGGAAGACGUGAUGGAGCCGCCGCGCUUCUUGAAGCGCGCUCUGAGAGACAAGGGGAUCCCCGAGACGGGCGUGUUUGACGUGUGUGAUAUUGGGGAGAGUCGGGAGUUUGUUGCUUGA